AUGAAUGUUCUUACCCCAGCCAUCCUGGUUGUAUUUUUUCUCGAUGCAGCAGUUUGCGAAGAUGACCAAACUAUGGCUUUGGUAAGGAUUGCAUGUAAUACAAUAGUUUAAUUUGCAUCCAAAAACGAUAUUGCUGACAAAGUGACUUAUAGGCCUAACCUUCCAAAGUUGUUACGUUUUAUUACAUUCAUUUAUAAAAAAGCGAAACUUUGUCCAUAAAAAUCUUAUAUUUAUAAAGCAUCUUUCUAUCUUAAUAACUAACCUCAGGACAGCCGCCCAAGUAAAUUAUAUUAGAAACCCAUGAACGCAACAGCCCUUUCUUUCUGCCUCGUGGAAAAUAAUUAGUUGUUAUUUUAACUACAUUUCUUUGUCAAUGAAAAGAACAAACACCAAAAAACAUGCCAACAAAAACAGACAAAUUAAUAAAACAGAGCGUUUAAAACAAUUUUAGUUAAUUCCUCUUCCCGUUUUUCCCAAGAAAUUCCUCAAUCAAUAUCAGUACAUUUCAUCUACCCGAAGUGGAAACCACGAUGUCUCGAAAGCCAUUCGGAAAUUUCAGGUAUUCUUUGGCCUCAAGGUCAGCGGUAUUUUGGAUACUGAGACUAUAAAUCUUAUGAAAAAGCCUCGUUGUGGUGUACCUGACUCAAUCGAAGGAGCUGGGCGUAUGCGAAGAUAUGCCACCCAAGGGAAAUGGUCGAAAACUCAAUUGACUUAUUACGUGCAGCCCGGACAAGACUUGCCUCAUGUGAGUACAGUAUUGUGAAUUUAAACAAACAGUUUAGCAUUUUAAAAAACAACGAAAAUGAUAAUUUUCAAGAGGAAACGCGAGAGUGGGAGCGAAGAGGCUAGAUCUGGUCAAUCCUGCAUAGACAAAGAGGCUUCGCUCGGACAAAGUAACGGGGCAAGAGAGAACGCCUACAGACUAGGCUGGGGUGGAGCAUUCUUACUACUGCAGUAACUUUCAUACGUCAAUUUCUGACGUUUUUUACUAUUUUUGGUCGAAAUAUAUAUAGCCCCAUCUUUCCAGUGCUCGAGUAGUGAAAUCGUGAUCAGCAAACCAAUAUUUUGAGUCAAGCAAAAAAAUAAAAGAGCGAACGAACGGACGUAACUAACGAAACAAUAAUUUCACGAAUGAAUGAAUGAAUAUAAUGGACUGAUGAAUGCUGGAAAGGUGGACGAGUAGUGCAUGAAGUUAACGUGUACACCAACGUGUAUUUAAAAAGGGAUUUUUCACCUAUCUGUCAUUGUUUUUUCGGAAUAUUUUGCACAGAAUCAACAAAGACAGAUAUUUGCUGACUCACUGCAAUUCUGGGCUGAUGUCUCUGGCCUUACUUUCAGUGAAGUUAGCAGUGCAAGUAGUGCAGACAUUAAAAUCAGGUAAGUUUGGUAUAUAGAAAAAAAAUCAGUCAGAAAUCCUCAUCAAGAAAGAAAGAAAAAACAAAACAAAUCAAAAAAAAGACAAAAAACCAAAAAACAUCGUCAUUUAGAUAUAAUUUAGUAUAUUCUCACCUAAGGCCAUCCGAAAAACAACUUCUUAGAUAUGGAAACUCAGCACCAUGGCUCAAAUCCACUGGAACCUAUUCAGUAAUGAUAAAAUUUGUUGUUAAUUCAUCACCAAUGAUCAAUGCAUACAAUUUCCAAAAUGUGUCGUUCUACGUGGUACAGAUUAAUUUUUGAACAAGUUUAAAAGCAUACCCCACUUUCGUCCCGAUUUUUUUUUUAUCCGCUUCCUUAACACAGCAGUAAUAAACCACUUUCAGUUUCGGCCGGUACAGCCACGGCGGUACAAAUGUGGAGCAGACUUGCCCAUAUCCAUUUGACGGACCUGGUGGUGUUUUGGCGCAUGCAUAUUUCCCCGAAGACGGUAGAGCUCAUUUUGAUGAAGAUGAAACGUACACGCACAACACUCCGUCUGGUACCAAUCUUCUAUGGGUUGGGGUGCACGAGUUUGGUCACUCUUUGGGCCUUCAACACUCGAACGUCCAAGGUGCCGUUAUGUACCCUUAUUACACAGGUUACGUUCCAAACAUGCAACUUCAUUCUGAUGAUAUUGCAGGCAUACAAUCCUUAUAUGGUAAGGGGCAUGGACUUUCACGUUACAUAGGGUUAACAAAGGGUUUCCUUACGAUUCCACUCUAUUAACUAUACAAGUUAGCAUAAUGUUACAAUACACAAAAUUAUUAGCCAGUCACCAGCCAAUAAGGUGCAAGAAAAACAAACAAAACAACGACAACAUCACCAAACAAUGUUGGACAUAUAUCUCUUUAAAAUGGUUAGUGCCUUAAUAACAUAAUGUUAUGAUCUUUUUUUUCAUUAUUCAAAAGAGUUUAUAAAGAUGAAUGACAACAAAACUGAAUUGGUGGAUGUGUUUUAGUUUAUAAGCAUAUUCCUUUUCGCUGACAUUAAUAUCAUGAAAAUUCAGCGCGUUUGUCACACGAAGAAUUGUUGGCCAUUGAUUUUCAUUCUUCUCAAACUGACGCGUUCUGUGAACUGACCAAAUGAUGGAAAUUAUGCGUCUGUCCUCUAAUCUAAAAUCACGGUGUAACAACCAAGCUUAAGGUACCAGUGCAGUGUCUGUAUAAAUAUAAUUCAUUGUAAAUGUUUUUGAUUUUAUAGGUGAAAGCACUGGAGGUGGUGGCGGAGUACAAACUACACAGGCUCCAACCCCAACACCUCCAACACCUCCAGGUAACAUAAAUUUUUGAUUAAACUCUGGGACAUGCUGAUCAAAGCUGCUGGGUAGGGAUAACCCAGAGAUUGUACGAAAUAUGAAUUCAAAUGCAAGUGAAAGAUAAAAAUUUGAUGAUUGGAAGUCCUAAAAAAAAAAAAAUUAUCCGAGAAAAUGCCUAUGAACACAAAAGAAAAAGAAACUCCCAAUUUCGGGUUCUUCGAAUAACGAGGCCAAGAUAUGCAGGAGUAGUGAUAUAUGGGAUGCAUGGUACGCUCUCUUUUUUAACUUUAAGGUGGCUCUCACUAGUUUUCCGGCACGGGUAGUCGAUCGGUCACAGGGAUCGGAAGAAGGAUGACUCUUUAAGUACUAAUAAAAAAAACAUAAAUAAAAAAUAAAUCAACCAGAAUACUAUAACAGUUGACCCCAGUAAAUCGUUUUGGCAACUUUUUGUUGUUGGGAUCAUAUUUACCCCAAUGCCGUUGAGUAGCGUUCUCACAAGAGCGACGAAGAAACCUCGAUACCUCCGACAGUCUUAUUUUUCUUGUUCGUAGUUGCUUUAUGUAAUAUAUUUUCAUAUUGGGGAAGGCUGAAGUUAGACGUUUUGGCUACAAACUACUGGGGGGGGGGGGAUGGCAUGGGGUUUAUAAAAACGAAAGACCUUUGAUUAAAAACGGGUCAUAUUUAUUGCCAUCUCUUUUUGAAAAAUGCUGGAAAAUACAGACAUAUAUAACCUAAUAACACGAAAAUAGCUUUUAAAUACAAAGAUCAUCAUGAUCAUAAGAUGAUUAUUUUGGUGACUCAGAGUUUCACUUUGUAAGUAGCCAAGAAUUAGUAUUGAAUACAGAGAGGAGUACUACCUAACGGUUUCAUUACAAUUAUUAUAAAAGUCAAACCUAAUUUAUCAUUUGUUCACGGGACAUCGAUGAUCAAUGCGAAGUACUCCGUGGGCACGCAGAUGAAAAUUGUAUUUAGAUGAUUUCCUUUUCAUUUCCCAUCGCAGUAGGGGGCUGCAAAGACCGCGCAAGCUCCUCAAAUUGCCAAGAAUGGAAGAACUACGGGUUUUGCUCAGACCCCGCCCACCGGCCUGGAUUGGAAUACUGGUGCCCUAGGACUUGUUACAGCUGUAAGUUUUCGUAACCCUUUUAUGCAAGGAGGUGUUAUUGAUACGUCAAUUCUCGGUUUUAAUAGGACGUCAGCAAAUUUCAGACUAUGGAAUUAUUGAUUUUCUUCUGGGUUUCUACUUUUAUUAGGUAUUACAACAGCUAAACACCUUUAUUUAUACAAAUUUUCGGUUCGAAAGGGUUCUUCGUUCUGCGAUAGAGGCUUUUGCGAGACGCAGUAUUUAGCUGGCGGCCAAGAAAUACUGACAGCUCUUACACACAUGCACUUGGAUUAAAAACGUUAAGGGCUUAUUUUUAAUUUAUUUAAUUAAUUUAUUUAUUUAUUUUUUUGAGAUUUUGCUAUCUAAACAUUCCUUGUCUCAAAAUAAAUAAAUAUAAAUCAGAUCACUUUAAUCUCAAGCUAUGAAUUCAAGCAUUUUUAGGAAAACUCAGAGACAGAUGUUUCUGUUGGUUGUCGGCGGCCAUAUUUGUGCUCCUCAAAGUGACACCAACGUGGAAUCUCCAUACAUGCAAGGUUUCAUAAAUUUGGGUAAACUUUUUUUUCCAGGAUAUCUCGCAUACUAAAUAUCCCACAGACCUAUUUCUUGGCGAUUCUUUUUGUAUAAUUAUCUUCUUUCAUUUCCCAUAUUUUGAGAUUAAUUUAUUUUUGAUGGCGUGAGAAUAAACGGAGAUUAAAUACCUUAUUGGUACUUAAUUUCGCGGGUCUUUUUUUAAAAAAAAAAAAACAGAAAUUUAAGCACGCGAAGUUUAAUACCCAUGUACAAAAUUCAAUUUAACAAUUAACAUGUAAUAGCAACGAUAUAUGUUGACAAACACAAAUGGUAGCUUCCCCGUUUUGUAGCUUCCGUUGUGAAAAAACGUUUUCAGUUUGCAAGAAAAUGAAUUUGAGAACGCUUGAAUCUCGAAAUUUAAUGCCUUUUUUCAUAUCGUGAAAUUAAGUACCCACAAAAUUAAUUACCAAUAAGGCAUGUAACUAGUGCACUACAUCUUCUUACUAAUUUUCCCAUCUACAGGUAACGUGUGAUGAAGAAGUGACGAAGGAUUUGGCUGCAUGUUUCUUAAAAUUGAAAGUACUGAACGAUGAUUGUUGUAGUUUUGUAGUAGUUGAAUAGUCUAAAGAAAUAUUAAGUCACGUAAAAAGUCAGAAAACCAUCUGUAGUACUGAGUUUAUGGGAACCCCAUAAUAAAAAAAUGAGUAAUGAGCUCAAAAUCAGUAUUUGGUGUAUUUAAAUAACGUCAAAUAAGUACGUGUAAUCAAAUGGUGACGAGUGAAAUUAGGGAAUAAUUUCACGCGCGUUUUGUCCAAAUACUAAUAAUUUGCCGAGCCUUCAGGCGAGGGAAAUUAUUAGGAUUUGGACAAAACGCAAGUGAAAUUAUUCCCUAAUUCACGAGUAUACCAUUUGAUUACCUAUUAAUAUCAUGGGUGACGAAUUACGUUAGCAAUCUUGGAUUUUUGACACCGAGACGCCGAGACGUACGGAAGGGUUGCCAUGGCAAUUUGUAAUUUCACAUGUGAAAUUACAAAUUAAUGCUGAAAUUUCGCGCCAAAAUUAAGGAGUAAUUCGUCACCUAUAAUAUUAUAAAUUAAAACUCUUUUUACACGAUCAAAUUGUGUACAUAGAGAAAAGUAGAUAGACGUCCUCAACUGGCAGGUCUAGGCACUCAAGCUGGGGUGAAAUUGUCUAAGUUGCUUCAUUGCCUACCCUGCUUCUGUCUUCAGUGUGUCUGCCUUAAUUCUCAGCAGUUUCAAAAUUUUUAUACGGGGUUUCCUUAUCAUUAUUAUAUUAUUUCACUAUUUUCACUAAAAUUAUGUUUUUAGGCUGUAGCUGAGGGCUUUUGUUUUUCUUGUUGGUCCUUUUUUUUCUUUUCCCUCUUUGUAUUUCUAUCAAGAUUGUUUAUUCAUAUUUCUUCCCAAAAAGUGUAAGGUGUAAGAUUUUCCGCUAUUUUCUCCAGUUCAAUCAGGCGUGUUAAGUCAUCGCACCUUCAACUGUCAAUUAUUAGGACAAAAGGCUAUUUGUACCAUGACGUAAUUUUACUAUCCUACGACAAGAAUCCUUUGGGGACUUGCUUUCUUGAGCAAACUAGGACGUUUGUUGUUCAGCCUUUCUAAGAGUGCCAAUAUGGGACGAAAAACAAAAACAAACGUAGUCGUAGAAGUAAAAUAACGCUGUCGUGGAGAUGGCCAUAUAGGCUGUGUUGGGUAAACAUCUUUCAAAUCUGGGCAGUGCAAUAGUUAAUCAUUGUCCGGGAGAUUAAACCCAAUCAAAACUGAAAAAAAAAACAAUGUUUUGAAUGAACCAUGAAAAGAACUAUAUAUCUACAUAAGGCAUUUGAGAUUCGAACUCACUCAGGGAUCCCCAGCACGCGACGUGAAUAGGAAACUGAACAUGAACAAUUAAAAUCUUGCAGUCCCCGGGCUACAGCUGAAUGUUUACACUCUACCGGAUAGCUAUUCGAGUGCCGACAAAAUACCUUCUCGGAAGACGAUUUGAGAUCUAGAAUUUCCGGAACAUUUUUUGUAAGAUUUUUUGCUUGCCUGCCUCUCCUAGGAUUUUCGAACAUCUAAAAAAUGGCAUAAUUGCCCAAUUUGACAGAUUUUUACCCUAAAAAAGUCACCUUUUUUCUGGCUAAAAUUUUCGAAAAGGUAAGUUUUGAUCCCUAUGAUUUUCGGAUAACUAGACUUUAAGCUAGGAAAUCCGAACAGAUGAAAAAUUUUUAGGGCAUAAAAAUAUGCCUAUAUCUACUGUUGAAAUACUAAACUACGUCUAAUAAUGCUGUUUUAGUGGUUUUGAACUAUAUUCUCGUUGGGUGCCCCUGAGAAAAGCUGAUCGGUAGAGUGCGAACACCAGUUUUAAAUGGGACUCUUCACUUUAGAGAUCGGCACCACACAGCUUUGCUCCGUUACAGAAAUAGCACCGAAAUCACCGUUCUUAUGUGUGAAAGGAGGCCAUAUCCAGUCCCGGGGGGGUACUGCCAUAUAUGGGCUAUACAGGUGUGUGCCGCUGUGAAGGGUAUGGUUUUCAGGCAGUUUACUCUAGGAUAGGGUAUGUAAAUCAGAGCGUUUGGGUCUAGAAUAGGGUAUCAUUUUUCAGGAAACUGAUCAGUUGGUUGAAGAUUUUAUCUAGACAAGGGAAACAGCUACUCUAGGAUAGGGGAUUUGGGGAGUUUACUCUAGUAUGUGGUAGCAAAAUUCAGCUGAACUAGCUCUGGUAUAGGUUAAGGGUUCCAGGGUCCCAGCGGCACAUCCCCACCCAAAAAUUGCUAAAGUACCCCCCCCCCGGGUAUCCAGUAGGGUUUUCAUGCCUGGGUAUAGUAUGAACAUAGACUAACUUUUCUGGUGUAUUGUAGCCUAUUUUUUCCCGUCUGGUGGCCCAAUACAUGCAUAUGCAGUUGGGUCAAUAAAUUCUGGCCCUCAGAAUGCCUUUUCGUCAAUUGUUUUCCCACUUUAUAUCUUCUAUAUAUUUUUCUUAUUAUCAUAUCAGGGGCACCCAACGACUCUUUUCUGUAAAGUACCUGUUCAGGGAAGCAAAUUGCCUAGAAUUUUCUAAGCUUGAAUACGGCUAAUAAUUUCUAGAUGAGCGUUCCAUUCAUUUCAGAUACAGUUUUCGAAGCUUAUCUUUAAACUAAGUUCCCUAAGAUUUUCUGAAGUUUAAUUUUAAUUUCAUAUUUUACUCCUUAUGUUAGGCUAAGUUUCGUAGAAAAAGAAAACCUAAAAUUUUCGGAUUCAAAAUUUCGAUGGAGAGAAAAAUUCUCACUUUCGUUAAACGUGCAAUUGCACCUAAGAUUUUCGGGAAAAUAACACUGAAGCUCUCGUAAUUUCAAAAAGCCUCGGGUUAAACUAGCAUGGACGGAUGCAAAUUUUAUGGGUAGCCUAAAAAGACUUCAAUGCAUUUAGGAGAAAUCCAUCGAUGGGUGCUCCUUUUAUAUAUAUCAGACAGCUUAGUGUUUCGAAUGGGGGAAAAUUCUUCAUGAGUAAUGCUGAAUUUCGGUGAAGCCAUAACAUGAAUUAGUAAAACUUGAUUGAUUUGUGUCACUUACAAAGUUCCCAUUGACGCAAAAGAUUAUUACAAUUUGAAUUUGGACGUGAGCAGGUAUCGAUGUCAUAUUUCUUUAGCUGUUCCAGAUGUUUUAAACGAUUGUGUAAUAUUAAAUAUGUAAUAUAGGUACCGUCAGUCAUGCCAGAAGCAUAUUUGACUAAACAGUGCUAACAGGAUAUUACUAAAACAAUUUCGUUUUUCUUUUUUCUUUUUCUUUUUUUUUUUUUUUUGGUCCAAGAAAAAGGAAGAUCUGUUGUUUACAACCUUGUAUUGCGUGCAUUUUCUUCGGGCGCGCGAACUGCUUAAUGCUCGCGGAAGCGCCAUUUUGAAUUCCAAAAAAAGAUUAAUAAGUGGUGGAGUUGACUUCCUGUUUUUUACUCUUCCCAGUCUUCCUCAGUGAUAAAACCAAGGAUGGCGGCCAAAACAUUACAAGUAUAAACAAGCAGCUUUGGAUCGCCCAAAAUAUACGCCCACGAUACAGGCUGAUUCGUUUUAUGCGAUUUUAUGUGUUCAAAAGGAGGCGCAAAAUGUAUUCUUUUAUAAGAGUAAUACGAUAUUCUACUGAGCUGGUAAAAUGCUAGAAAGUUGCUUUCCGGCAUACCAAAAAUCCAAAGAGGUGCUACCUAAUUUAUUAACAUUGUUAAGUAUAACGUUAAUUUCGACCUUUAUUUCCCCUUCUUUACAAUAAUUGUUGACAUCUGGCAGCUAAAGUAGUUUAAGGCCUGGGACUAAAGGGUUUAUCUGUGGAAAGUGCAUUAUUGGUUAUAACUUCGGUCAUAGUUAAUUGAGUGGAAUGGUUAUGAAACCCGUCAGACUCCUUUGUUAUAUGUUUUUGUGGACCUGAAAGUGCACAACGUUCAAAAGAAUUCCUAUCAUUUUGAUUGUAUUGACCAAUAAAAACGUUGCAUUAAUUUAUUCCGUAACAAUUUGCCAACAGAAAACAAAGGAUUGUGCACUUUCACGGUGCUUUGAACAUAAACUGCAGCACUGUUGGUUUUAUCACUGAUAUUUGCCGCUUUUCAUAACCAGUCUCCUCUAAUAACUAUGCUUCGGCAUAGAUGAUGGUGCUGAAUCAAAAUUGGGCACACAAAAAGAACUCAUCGUCCUUAACAAUUUAAAGUAUAAAUAUUGGUUAAUCAGUCACGUGAUGUGUCACGUGACCAUUUUAAUAAAAAUCGUAAAUUAUUGGCCAAUUGGUGGCCCGUUUCAGAGAAAAAAAUCGAGCAAUUACAUUUUUUUGAUUCAUAUUAAAUAUUCCUAACACUUCACGUUUGGAUUGACCGUCCACUGCACUUCAAGAAAAAAGUAUGAGGAAAAAUAUUGUUUUAAAUGCCCAAUUAAGAGCUGUUCCCAAAUAUAUAUGGGCGAGACCACAGAUAGCCCAAGCUCACUAUGACAACCCCUAUUCUUUUUUUUUUUUUUUUCAUAAUUGAUCGAAAUCUACAUUAAAUUUCUCCUUUUAGGCUAAACUUUCGGUUAAUAAACACUCAUGAAGUUCGCAUAACCCAGUAAAAGUUUUGUACGAAAUCGUUGACUUUUUCGCGCGUGAUAUGCGCUCUCCAAACCUAUAUUUUGCUCAAACGUUGCUCAAGGUUGCUGGAACAGCAAAACCUUGCUCCCAAUGCCAAACAUUGCUCAACAGUUGCCGAGUACAUCAAGACAGCCUUAGAAAUAUAGCCUUAGCGCAGACCUUACUUAUUUCGUGUUGCUUUUAGCGGCAAGAAAAGAAAAGGAGCCGGGCGGUUGAAUAAAAUCAAAAUCUUUCUCAUCAAAGGAUAUGACGAAAUAUAAACCAUGAUGAUGGAUUUAAGCUAGUUAACGUAUAAAAGACUUGGUAAGAAUCUUAGACAAAAGAUGUCCUUAUAUAAAGAAUUUUUCCCGGCGAGUGUGUCAUAACUCCCUUCAAUAUUGCUCGAUUUAACGAACCUCUAUAAAACGAAGUCCUCGGUAUAACGAACCAUUUUGUUUAGCCCAGUAAUUGUAAAAUAAAUGAAAAAGAGCCUCGAUAUAACGAAACCUCGUGAAAUCGCACAAAUCUUGCUAGUCCCUUGGCUCUUCGUUAUAGCGAGGUUCUACCGUACAAGGGCUUUAGGACAGUAUUUUCGUCGCACUAGAUUGCAUUCGAUAAGAAGUAAAAUAAUAAAAUAAGACUCAGGGUGGAUAAAAAAUAUAAGUCUGCCUUGUUGAGGAAAAAAAGAAAUGAAAUGGAGGUACUUAGCUAACAUCCUCUUUACACUUUUUUGUCUACUUUUAUACAGACUGCUUAUAUAAACAAAAAAAGGAAGUAAAAGUUAUAAAGGUCUAUGGAGAAGACAAAAUUGGCACUUCUUUCAGAGUCGGUUAGUAUGCACAGCUUUACUCCUAGCACUUAAACCUUUGCAAUACAAUAAAAAUUUAAUUAUGUUUCAUUUUAGCUUCUUUAAACAACUUUGAUAGAACAGUGAGAAAAAUUUAAUCGUUUGACUGUGCAAUCACGAUUCACCUGCAUCAGAGUGUUUGAAUUCCAAUGCAAUAAGUUGAGUCGUUUGUCUGGGUACAUUCAGCAUUUGUCGACGUGCACUUCGAAGAUGUGGACUGCUUCACUUUUCGCAGUUGUGAUGCUUUCAGCGUUAACUGUUGCAAAAGCUGAGGAUGAUCAAGAUUUUGCUCUGGUGAGGAAUCAGUUGCCUUAGGGCUUUAAUUCUACUUUCUAUAACCUUUUUAAUACCAUCUUUCCGAAAGAACCAAAUGAAUUUCAAAAAUGCAAAAGAGACCUUAAAAAAGAUCGGUGUUUUACAUUCAAUUUCAGCAGUGGAGCACUAAAUUCCAGUUAACACAGUGCAUUGUUUGGGUAAAGCCCGCGCCGUUGUAGGGGUUAAUAUGUUCGUUGGGAAAACUCACCUAAAGAAGUCAGACCAAUUUUAGUGCCGUCCAAUAUUUGUUUGAUUUCUCUGAAGAAAACAUCUUAUUACAGACACCCAAAUGAGCGUCCAAGUGACUCAACUUGUGAUAAAGAUUUUGCAGCUGAGAGCGUUCGUCUUUCAUCUUUCCUUCCACUUUCACUUAGUUACGCACAUCCCUAUAAGGUGCUGGACUUGUGUUGAGAACGCACUCGGUUAUACUACAUUCCAAAUCAAAUUUAGAUUUAUGGUGUUUCUUUGUUUUGCGGAAACUGGUUAUUGUUGGCCAAGAAACUACAGAAAUUUGCUCUUCUAGAAGAUUCGAGAAACUGCCAAUUUUAUAAGUAGUCACCUCGGGACAAGAUAGCCGUGACCAUCGUUUCCCACAGGGCGGGCGAUUACACUGAUUUCUUUAGCCACGACUGGUUAUGAAAGAUGGCAAACAUAAGAGCAUAAGAACAUAAGUGCUGUAGUUUAUGAUGGGAGGUCCAUGGCGGUACACGAUGCUAUGUUCUGGGUUUACAAAUUGCAACAGAACCAAUAAAUGUGAAGAUGUUUUAUUGGUCAGUAAUAUCGAAAUGAUAGGAAAGGUAUUGAAUGUUAUGCACCGUCAAAUGCACAAAACACUGUUACUUUGCUAAAGAAAAGAGUCAAACUGGCUUCAUGACCAUUCCACUCUUACAAUUAACAAUGCUUUUUACUUCACUCGUCUCAAUGCAGAAAUACUUAAACCAGUUCCAGUAUCUAUCGAUGUCAAGAUCCGGUAAUCAUGACGUAAAGCAAGCUCUCCGUAGCUUUCAAAGUUUCGCCGGUCUUAAGGUCACCGGACGCCUGGACAGAGCUACUGUCAAACAGAUGAAGAAACCGCGCUGUGGUAUGCCUGAUGGUGGUGGCGGUAGUGGUGAUCGGUUCCGACGUUAUGCAACUUACAGUAAAUGGAGGAGAACACACCUGACAUACUUCAUUCAACAUGGAAGAGAUCUCAGCCAGGGCCAACAGGAUCGCAUCUUUGCAAAAGCACUGAAGUAUUGGGCUGAUGCAUCGGGUUUGUCCUUUGAAAAAGUACGCAGUCCGCGAUCAGCUGAUCUUAAGAUCAGGUUAGCUAUCUUAAACUCGCGCUCUGUUUUCUUAUUGUACCAUAUAUUACUUAAUUUAUUACUCAUCGUUAUAGUUAGAGCCGUUGUCCCGACGCAUUGAUUGUUGUUUUUAACACCUGGACUUGUAGGAUUCAUUAAUUCUUCAAGCAAAAUAGACACAGUCUACAACAUUCCUUUAACCAGGACUUUUUUAAUUGCCUGCACUGUAGCUUUGGAACGAGACGUCAUGGUGGUACAAGCGUAGAGGGAACAUGUGGAAGCACGUUUGAUGGACCGGGUAGGGUGCUUGCUCACGCCUACUUCCCUUCAGAUGGGCGCGCACAUUUCGAUGAGGACGAGACAUACACUGACGGUACAUCACGUGGUACAAAUCUACUUUGGGUUGCUACUCACGAGUUCGGCCACUCACUUGGUUUGGAACACUCUGAUGUGAGAGGUGCCAUAAUGUAUCCUUAUUACACUGGUUAUGUCCCUAACAUGAAGCUUCACUCAGAUGAUAUAAGAGGGAUCCAGUCUCUUUAUGGUAUGUUUCCAUUUAAGGUUGCUCGACCUAAACCUUUCUAUUGAAAUACUUACGAAAUAAACGACGCGUAACUUAUUUGUGCGGUAAAGAUCAGAUUUUCUUAAAAAAUCAGUUUUGCGGUAACUAAAAAACUGGGUCAAGCGACGUUAAGAUAUUUAUUGACAAUUAUUAUUUAACGUUUAAGAUAUGCGUUUGGGAUACAUAGUCAUUAAGGUCUAGGUUCUCUCUUGGUAAAUUUCUUUAGCCUCGGCCUUCGGCCAACCUGCUGGUUAUUAAGGUUUAACUUCAAACAGUUUAGAAAGCAUGCAUCAUCUAAUAUUUUUUCAUUUUUUUUUAUUUUUUUUUAUUUUUUUUUUUGCAUGAAAACAAUAAUAAUGAUAAUAAAAUGCGCUUCACUGUUACAGCUUCCUGGACUUUUAAACUUAAAAGUAAAUUGAGCUCAAGAGCUUGCGAUGUAAGUUUUAUUGAGCAUCCGGUUGGGAUAAAAGAUAUGAUUUAUACAGGCAACUUAAAUCAUUCAGUCUUUGUUCUGUUUUGUUCCAGGAUCAGGCUCAGGUGGUGGUGGAGGAGGAGGAGGUGGUGGUGGUAGGUGGUACUUCAUACGUUAUUCAUAACUGCUUUAGUCACAAAGUGUUUUGUCUAACAACAACAAUCAAGCUUUAUUUACGGUAUCACUUCAUUAAAAAUGCUCUUUCAGUGAGCCGUUUACAUACCAAAAUUUUCAGGGAAACUAUACUACUGCUAAAUUAUAUCUAUAUAUUAAUAAAAUCUAUCCUAUAAUUAACUGCACAAAAAUCAAUCAACCUUAAAGGUACAUUAUAUAAUUAAAAUAAAUUCUAUCUCAACUCCCUCAAGGCAAUCCCUGGUUCAAAACAAAGACAGGGCAGACUUGAAAGAGAGACACCGCGUUAGUACCUAUAGGUUUCUUUUAAUGCCAUCAAUCUACAUGCAUGAUCAUGUAAUGCGUAUCCUAAGACGUAUAAUGCAAAAUUUCGUGAGAGAAACUGAAUUUUUUUUAAUGUUUUAAGCUUAAACUUAAGCUAAAUUCUUAAUCGCAUGUUUACGGGUCACGGCGAAAUUAAUAUAAAGCACGAUAAGUGAACCUUAGAUUUCUUUAAUGUAUACAUACAUAACACAUUAUAUUUCCUUCAACUAAUUGUAGGAUGCAGCGAUAAAGAUAACCGUUGCCGAUACUGGACAAGAUACUGCCGUACCAAUGCAUAUGUUCAGACAAACUGCAAAAAAACGUGCAGGCUCCCCUGCUGAAAAAAAAUGAGGUUAGUAACUGCCAGCCACUUUUGAAGUGUUAAAAUUCGUGCUGUGCCGCGAGGCUGAGAAGAUUUGAAAAUAAAAGAAAUGACUUAUCCACCCCGGCAUCUCAAAGCGCCUUUCUUUUUUUCUUUUUUGUUUUAUUUGAAGCCGUCGUAACAGCUUGUCCCACAAAAUGUUGGUCAUUGGAUUUUAACGCUGUAAACUGCAUUAUGCGAACUACAUUAUAGCGGAGCUCUCACGCGCGAAGCGCGCGCAGCGGAGCACCAUGGGUAAGAAAAUGUUGUAUCUACCCAUCUGAGAAAAUUUGGUAAUCACGAGCCCGUAAACCGAAAGACCGUCCGUCCGCACCGCAGGCAUACCAAUGUAAAAUAACUCAACCAACAGGUAUGGCAACCCAAAUGCAACACGAGGUUAUUUUGGAGCAAAAUCGAAUAGCCACCCACGUCUUGAAGAACAUAGGCAGCUGAAGAGUCAAUAAAGACGAAAACGGAAAGUGGAAAUUGUUUCUGAGUCCGUGUUGUCUAAAGUAUUAAGCUAAGGUAAAUUGUCAUGUUCACAAAUUUGGAAUAUAGAGUAAGAGAAAGACAGAGAAAAAGAGAAAGUAGGCGGCAGAGAAAAAGGGUGACAGAGAUCUGGAGCGAGAGAUAAGAACAACAUGAAAAUUUUGUAGUGGCGGUGACAAACUGGGAACUGCUAGCGGCCACCAAUGCAAGGAGAAAAUGAGCGGCAGUGAAAUGUGAGAAGUGAACGAGAACACGUACGACUUUUCCUCCAUAAAAAAAGUUUCUGGAAGUUUUGCGUUGUAGUCGUGCAAAACAACGGCAAAGAAAUGUACAAAAAAAGUGUGCUGCACGUGCAAAGUUGUUUCUUUGCUAAUUAUACCUAUUGUUGUUUUUCACCGUUCUCUGGCGUUGCCUUCGCCGCUUAGCAUUACACGAUUUUACAUUUUGUUUGAACAAACUAUAAAUAGUAUCGAGAGUUUCGCUUUUAGCCCUGGCUAAAUCUUUCUAUUGUACAUUAUAUGAUUUUAUGUAUUUAUAUUUCUUUUUGCAGAUUGACGACAGAAAGGCAAAAGUAAAUCAAUUAAUCUUAAGAAGCAGUAUUUAGAAGCAAUAGUACUAAUUGACUGAAUAAAAAUGAUUAAAAUGCAACAAACAUCUUUGCCUUUUGAUUUUCUUUUUUUUUGACCAAGUAUAUCCAACAAGAGGCCAAAAUCAAUGUUACAGACGUGCAGGAUACUGAGCUUCUCUCUGAUACUUGUUACCUCUGUGUUAUAAUUUUAAAAGCACAAAUUUCUCGCACAUCCGAUCAAAAGCCUCACUGAUCGUGCGAAUCUUAAGAAGCGGUUCGGGUUACGUUUUACAAAAAUCGGUAAACGGUCUGUGAUUGGUGAACGUAAAUGUCGGCUGUGUUUAGCAGACGUCCCUGGGGGAGAAAUGAAUGCGCGACAAACGAACCCCAAAGGACGUCUGCGGGGAGGCUAUGUUAAUACCAAACUCUUAAAAAAAAAACUAUAAAAGGAUAAUCGGCGGGUCUAAAAUACAGGUCACUAUUCCACAGGUCAGAGUACAGGUCAUCAUGAUACAGAUAAAUGAACAGCAUUGAAAGUGUCAUCUAGCCCUAAUCUCGUAACAAAAUGCUCUAUUAAGAUCGAGGGCAAUGUUUGUGGUUUGGUAAUUUAUCCAUGGACAGUGACCGGUACUCUUGACCAGUGGAAUGUGACCUGUACGUUAGACCCGGCUAUUCAUUUGUGAUUAAUUUUAGUUAACAAAAGGAAAUAAUAUUCCAGAGGCGUUUUCAGUCACGUUGCCAGCAGCUAAUUAAAAAUUUAUGGCAACAAAAGUUUAGAAAGCGUUUACAUAAGACGAGUAUCAACUCCCCACUGGACUGUGUUUGACGGGCACCAUUUUUAUCGUUUUCGAACAGCAACAUGGCGGACAUUAUUUUAGGAAGGGUCUGUAAAGAUAGAAUUUCCCAAGCGGGUGAGGGAAACACCUCCCCUCCCCCAAAAUGAUUUACUUGUAUGUAAGAGGGUAUUAUGCUCUAUAGUUUAGCAUCAAAGGAACCUCCGAAUAUGUCUCCUAAUUUUUUACGAGAGAGUGACAUCAGACUUAUCAGGAAUACAUAUAUAUAUAGGAAGUCGAGAUAAUACUGGUAUCGCUUUCUUCGUACUUUUUUUUUUCAAAAUCGUUACAUUUUUCGAUCACUUAUUCUAUCGCAAAUAGAAGUUAAAAGAUCCGGGUUUUCAACAGCGCUCUUAAAAAAAAAAAACAUAAAUAUUUGCUGACUGAAACCAAAAAGGGGCCCCAACUACCGGUAAUUAGGUAAAAUUGUCUUUUCAAAUUCGAAACUAUUUUUAGCAGGGCAUUUCAUCAUUCAUUUCAGCCUCGCUAAUUUCUCUUGAGACCUAUCACCCAUUUAACGAUUACCCAUACAUGUACCAUCUAGACUGUGAUGAGAAUGACUAUUGCCUCUCCUGCCUCUCCAAGAUAAAACUAGACAUUAUGGCAGACAUAAUGUAAUUUAUGGCAAGGCAUGAUACUCACAUGACUCGCUAGGUCAAGCUGUACCAGGUACUGCAAAUCUAGCCAAUGAGGUUACAGGGCGGUGCCAGGGUUAAGUAAGUAUAUUCAGGUAUUUACCCAGUAAUUCUUCCUUCUCUCCCUCGUCAUCAACUCGGUCAGAUCUCGAGCAAAAUUUUUCCCUCCUCCUACCCUUUCACCUGCCUGCGGGUUAUUAUUGUUCACGGUAUUUCCUAUUUCUUCUUUUUUCCUUUUCUUAUUUAGUUGUGUAGUUUGUGGCGGAUUUUUUGUCGCCCCAUUUUUUAUUCAACAACAACAACACCAAAAGCUUUAUUUGCAUGACCAUAAAGGAAUUACAGUAUUGCAAAAGCUAUUAGUCUAAAUUUAAGUACUAAUUCACUGAACUAAUUAGUACGUGCAAAACAUUACAAAACGUUACAGUUCUCAUUCAUUCAUUCAUUGAUAUUAAUUUGGUUCUUAAUUCAAAGCAUUGCGAGAUAAAUGAAACUAAUUGACAGUUAAUUAAAUAAUCAGAAGAAUUCAUAAGAAGAGAUAUUAAAGUAUCGUGUGAAAGUGAUUUGAAGUCAGGUAUUUUAGUUUCUAGUUUGGAGAAAAAUAUGUCUCUGAUCUGAUAAUAAGCCUUACAAUCUAGUAAGAAAUGAUUUUCAUCUUCGAUUUUGUUACUUGUACAAAAGUGACAUAUCCUUUCAUUGCGAGGAAUGUUUUCGUGUCUACCUGUUUCAAUUCUAAGUUGAUGACUACUUAUUCUAAAUCUAGCUAAUGCUUUUCUCGAAGGGUUUUUUCUUGUUAAAACUAGGUACGGCGAGGGGCUAUAGUCGUCUUUGAUUGUACAAUAAAAACUGAGUUUUUGUGAUUGUUGAAGGGUCUGAUUCCAGUAAGAGACGUAUUUAUUUUUCAUUAUGCCGAUAUACCUAUUAACUAUUGAGUCACUCAGUGAAUUACAGGAAAAGUCAUAGUUUAGAUCAUAGUAGUCAACCAUUUUCAUGAGAUUAGAGUAAAAGCUAGUUUUUCCGUUAUGAUGAAGGUCAAUUGAAAUUUGUAAGGCCUGUUUAACUAUAGAAUCUUCAUCUUUACCUCUCAGAUAGUCUAAGUAAUUUAGAAUCUUUUUAUUUAUAUCAAUGAUCAUGGGAAAUUUACCGAGUUCAGCUCUACAAGCAAUGUUGGAUGCCUUGUUAUGUACUUGUAAAUAACGUUUACAGAAUUGCAAAUGGGUUUUUUCAAUUGCAGAGCUGUCCCAGGACUUAAAUCUGAUUUAACAAAAGCACCCCAAACUUCACUGUUGUAGGUUAGAAUUGGUGAAAUCAUAGAGUCAAAAAUUUUACACGCAAGUGAGGGCUUAAGACUAUUCAAAUCCGUGUUCCGCCUGAGGCUGAAGAGCGCGUGAAGAGCUUUUUGUCGGAGAUGUUCAAGCGAAAGUGUAAAAUUUCCGGAAGAUGUAAUGCGAGUUCCUAAGUAAGUACAGUUUUGGACAACGUCGAUCACUUCAUUGCCUAUGUGGAAGUUAUGUUCACAUUUUCGAGUGCAUCGUUAAAAUAUCAUUAUUUUGGUUUUCUUAGGAUUUAUUCUAAGCAUCCAUGAGUUGCAAUAUGAAGAUAGUACGUUAAGGCAGUUUUGUAGACCAAGUUUGGAUCGCGAUAAUAUUAUCAAGUCAUCUGCGUAAAGGAGAGAGUUGAGUCUGGUGCCAUUUGGUAACACGAAGGGGUCUGAUAAAACAUUGUCAAAUGAGAACGCUAGAUCGUUAAGGUAUAAGUUAAAGAGCAGAGGGCUUAAAAUGCAACCUUCAGUAGGUUAAUCGGUUUACAUAUAUCGAUGUGUUUUAUUCUGUUAGCUUUGAGUUCAUUAAACCUGCCACAACCGUGGCCACAGUUGUUUGUUUAUAUUUUAAUUGCAUGUUUUCCUUAUCGGAAAGUACGUAACCGGAAAUGUAAGCAGAGCUCGCGCAGAGUUGGGCCCUGUUUUGAACUCAUGCCUUGAUAUAAAUAAUAUUUAACAAUUAUUCCUCGAUGCCGAAUGGGCUCUGAGUCAAUAGCCCAUGAGGCCUUCGGCCUCAUGGGCUAUUGACUCAGAGCCCAAGAGGGCGAGAGGAACAGGAGCCCAUCCUAGAGGAAUAACUGUUUUAGUUAAAUACAACUGGUUGGUCAAAAAUAUCCAGACGAAACAACGUUAGCUAGCAAAACGCGAUUCACCCGCCAUUGUUUUGGUUGUCAAAGCUGGCGCUUUUCGCUACUAGCGGGCUAUAACUUACAGCCUAGUAGUAGCUCAACCAAUCAGAACGCAGCAUUGAUAAUAGACCACUUGUUGGAUUUUACUAUUGCAAAAGAUCUAUUUAUUUUUAUUUUAUUUUUAUCUAUCUAUCUAUCUAUCUAUCUAUUUAUCUAUCUAUCUGUCUAUAUUUUUUUUACAGAUCGAUUGAAAAUAAUCAAAGAGAAGCUCAGGUGAUUUAGCCAAGAUUUCUAGUGUAUCCCUGGUCAACAUCACGUUCAAAGAUGCAAAUGUCCACAAAAAAAUAUAUAAGCUUAAUAUUUCAAGUGGUAGGAUCAGAAUUUGUUUAGCUACAGGAGUAGCAGUAUAAACACAUGAGGUCAAAUUGAAUUAGAGUAGAAUGAACAGAAAAAGAUAUUAAAUCUUUCAAUUGUAAACUUCGCACAAAGCUCUGUUGACACAGGUUUCGGAUGCUUCUUUUCUCUAUUAUUACGUAUGGAAAGUAUAAAUAAGUGUAAAAUAGCGGGUUAAGUGGCAAUCCUAUUUUAUGUUAUCGCACUGUAGAAAAGAAGUCGUUAUGAAAGUUCUUUGUGUGGUUAGCCUUUGGGCAUUACUUUGUAGCCUUGGGAAUUGUGAAGACGACCAGACUAUCGCUUUGGUAAGAUCGAUGAAUUGUCAAAAAGAACUUUUAUUUAAGACUUUGUAUACACGGGUCCGGAAUUUUUUUUUUUUUUUUUUUUUUUUCGACCUGUACAACCCGUUUACAAACUGAACCGCGCAAGGUCUGCUGCAGAUUGCAGUACUGUUUGUAUAGUUUAAAAACUUGCACGGCUUGGCUGGACUCCCUUGUAAAGGAAAGGAGGAUCGGUACAAGUUUUACACACCUGUUUAAACGGGGUUUAAUGAACUCCUUUUUUAAAAAUUUACUACUACAUGUACUUACCAGUUUGGUUAGAAAUUGCUUAGUGUUAAAAAGAUAACUCGGGGCGAGCUGUGGCGGUUCUUUAUCUUCAAAACCUUUCUACGUUAAGCGAAUUAUUCGAGGAAAUAUCUCUUGAGGAGAACAAUGAGCUUUUAUGGAUACCUCAGUUUUGAAUCUACAAAAACAAUUAACUGAUGUUCGAGACGGUUAUUACACCAUCACGUCCAAAGGCCAUACAGUGAACUGAGUAUGAAGUUUAUGACUUUGACUCCUGUGCAAUUAUUUCAUUGUUAUUAUCAUUUUUUUUUCUCAGAAAUUUCUUAAUGAAUAUGGGUACGUAUCAUUUUCGCGAAGUGGAAACCACGAUGUCUCGACUGCCAUCCGCAUGUUUCAGGAAUACUUCGGCCUGAGGGUCAGCGGUAUUUUAGAUGCUUCCACUGUUAAUCUUAUGAAAAAGCCACGUUGUGGUGUACCUGACGCAAACGAAGGAGUGCGUAUGCAAAGAUAUGCUACACUAGGUAAAUGGUCAAAGAAGAAUUUGAACUAUUUCGUACAGCCUGGUCAAGAUUUGCCUCAUGUGAGUUACAAACGCAGUGUAUUUUUUUAUUUUAUUUUAUUUUUUUUUAAUUUACCUCAGUAGGCCUAAAAUCAAGCCCGAAUGAUGUUCCCGUUGUUCUUGGUGAUGAUGUAUUUUUUCUAUUUUUUUUUUUUUCGUGUUUUUUGUUUUUGUUUUCGUUUGUUGUCUUUGUUAUUAAUGUUGGACGUUCUCAUUCUCAUGCUCAUUGUUCAUUUUCUUUCUUACUCCUAUUUUCAUUCCCAUUUUCCGUCUCUUUUUCAUUCUCAUUACGACUACCAUUACGACUAUCUUUAUCGUUAUGGUUAUCGCUAUCAUUCUUAAUCAAGCUUUCUUUUUCCUCCACGAGAUCACAGGAUCAGCAGAGAAAGAUAUUUGGUGACGCACUUCAGUUUUGGGCUGAUGUGUCUGGACUGACUUUUAAUGAAGUUAGCAUUGCGAGGAAUGCCGACAUUAAAAUCAGGUGAGUCUGGUGUAUACGCUAGAAUUAAUUCAAUAAAGCUGAGGGUAGCCAUUAUUCCAUCCAAAUUUCAUGCAGAUAUUUGAGAAUCUCAAUAUAAUGGAAAAAUCAAGGUUAAGGUAAAUACUUUAGCUUUUCUAGGGCUUAAGAUUUAUUUAUUUCUGUUAGGUUUGACAGGCAUAUGAAGAAGAAAAAUGGAUUGUUUAGACAAAAAAAAAUCCCGGAGAAUAAUAAUAGCUGAAACCGCGUUGACCACUCUCACAGCAAACGAAUUGCGGCUACAACCAGUUUGAAAAAUGUUGAGACACUCGAAAAAAGUGACCUUUCUUGCUGCUAGUUACAGGUCUCUGAGAUACAAUACUGACCUCCCUCCUCCCUCCCAUUCAAAGUUGUUCAUCCAAUUUUUUAGCAUGGCCUUGUAUUGCUAGCAACUUUAAUAUGGGGUGGAGGGGGGUCACAAGCACAAGAUCAUGGACAGGCCAUUUGAACCAAAUUAUGGUUCAGUUUCUCAAGUACUUUUGCAACUGCAUUGUAGAAUAACUUUUUUACAGUUCACUUUUACAACUAACUGUUGAACAUUUCCAUUUAGCAGUUUUACGGCUAACGGUUAAACCACAUCAGAGACCCCGUGAUCAAAAAAAUCUCAAAAUUCCCGACGCGUCGACUACACAAUUUUUUGGAAUUACAAACAUCUUGCUAGCUUGCAACUGGACAAGCCUUCUCGACAACUUGAAAUUCAGUCAAUGCGCCAUCGCCUCUCCCCAAACCAUAAAAUUAAAAAUUUCGUUUCAGUUUUGGACGAUACAGUCAUAACGGCACAACUGUGGAGGGAACUUGUCCAUAUCCUUUUAACGGACCUGGAGGUGUGUUGGCGCAUGCGUAUUACCCUCAAGACGGAAGGGCCCAUUUUGAUGAAGACGAAACAUUUACCCAUAAUACCUCAUCUGGAACUAAUCUCCUGUGGGUCGCGGUGCACGAGUUUGGACAUUCUCUGGGCCUUCGACAUUCAAACGUCCGAGGUGCCGUCAUGUAUCCUUAUUACACAGGUUAUGUCCCGGACAUGAAACUCCAUUCUGAUGAUGUUGCAGGCAUACAAUCCUUAUACGGUGAGGAG